CAUAAAGCUACCAAAACCCUAAACGCCAGAAGAACCCACAGAGAGAUCUCAAACUAAAGUAGCUUAGCCUAGAAAUCUCGGAGAAAAGCUUCUCUCAGCCGUUGAAUCAUGGUCAACCCUGUUACUCUAGCUCCUCAAUCUCCCGAGGGAUUUUACGCCAUCAACAACCCAUUUCUAGUAAAUGGUCCAAAAGGAUACAUCGAGUUCAAGACAUUGGAGAAUGAAGACAUGUACAUACGGUUCGAUGUUCCCGGAGUUCCAAACAACGGCGUCAAAGUCAUUCUCGACCAGUCAAACAAAGCCGUGUGUAUCUUGGGCGACGCACCCAAGGAACACAAGUACGACGCCUCUGUUCGGAGCUACAACGGCACCACCCUAAGAAAAAAGCUUAGUAUCGGUGGUAUAAACUCCAAAAUCGUCUGCAAAUGCUGUGACUUUUACUCCGGCUUCACCUCCCACGUGGCCGAUGGAGUUCUCCGACUUGUUCUCACCAAGAUCCACACCAAUACUCCACGUCCUCCUUGCAUCUCGUUUCUUGGUGGCCCUGACGGAGAAGAUCCCUAUGGCGCGGAUCCUCACGAUACGGAUCCUCACGGUUUUCCACCAUCAUCGGAUCCUAAUGACCCUAACUUGACGGGUCCGAUACUGAUGCCACACCCAUGUGUGGGCCAAGGAUCGCAGAUGGCUUAUGAGUCUAAGGUGCUCCAAAACGGUGGUCUAUACGUCCGUGUAGACAUGCCGGGCGUUCCCAAAGAGAACUUCACCGUCUCAGUCACGAAUGGGAGAGUGAAGGUGACUGGUGAAGCUCCUGCUCGUGGUCACGACUCAGCUGGCCGUUUCUACUCCGGUGACGUGGCUGUGCUCUCCUCUCCUGUCGACCUUCCCGUUCGUAAGAUCAAGACCAUUGCCAAGAAUGAGGGGUUUUAUGCAAUAAACAACCAGUUUUUAGCAAAUGGACCAAAAGGGUUCAUGGAGUUCAAGAAGUUGGAGAACGAAGAUAUGUUCGUGAGGAUUGAUUUUCCCGGCGUUCCAAAAGAUGGUGUGAGGGUUAUUCUUGACCAGUCCAAGAAAGCUGUUUGUAUCUUCGCCGACGCACCAAAGGAACACAAAUACGACUACUCUGAACGGAACUACGGUACCAGCACCGGACUUGUCUGCAAAUGCUGUGAAGUCUCCGGCUUCACUUCCCUCAUGUGCGAUGGUGUUCUUAGGCUUAUUCUCACCAAGUCCAACAUCACUCCACAACGCUCCUCCUGCAUCUCUUUUCUUGCUGGCCCAGAUUUCAGAGAAGAUCUCCGUGGCGAUGAUCCUUACAAAUUUCGCCAUGGCACGGAUCCUAAUGAUCCGAAGUUAACAGGUCGGAUAUUGAUGCCACACCCAUGUGUGAACUAUGGAUCGGAGAUGGCUUAUGAGUCCAAGCAGCUUCAAAACGGUGGUCUCUACGUGCGUGUAGACAUGCCAGGCGUCCCCAAAGAGAACUUCACCGUCGCAGUCAUGAAUGGGAGAGUGAAGGUGACUGGUGAAGCUCCUGCCGUUAGCCACGACUCAGGUGGACGUUUCUACUCCGGUGACGUUGCUAUGCUCUCCACACCUUUCGACAUUCCCAUCCGUAAGAUCAAGAUCAUUGCUAAGAACGGUGUGAUUCGUUUGAUCAUCCCUCCUGUUUGAUUUCAUGAUGAUGAAGCUGCUAUGUUUUCUGUUUCUUUAAAUUCGUGAAGCCUUGUGGACUUCUUUAGGGAUUAUUUCGUAAUUUUGGACUUAUGCUUUUAUCAACUUUGAUAUGUUUCAAAAUGACAAUCCUUUUUUUUUGGUGUCUAAUAUGAGUCUCUAAAUUGUUACCAAUUUCUCAAGGUCUCUCUAUUGGUUUGCAUUAGAUAAAAUUACAAAAAGUAG